CUAAAUGACAUGACAUUGACAUAAAUAGGAGUACCUCUAGGUACCCUUGUUUGUAUUGUACACCCAACCCGUGGUACACCCCAAAUAAAAUAGGUGAAAGAAAUUGUUGUUGGUUUGUAUGAUAUUCCUUGAGGAAAAAGAUAUUUAUAUUUAAUUUAUACACCUUUAUUGGUAAAUAAUUAUUCAUCGAACUGGCGUCCGAAAAUUAUACCAAGAAAAUGUUGGAUGGGUGGUAUUGUCGCUCUAUAGCGAAUAUGCAGGCAAGCGAGGCAGCGAGUGUAAGCAGUAGCACUCCUGCUGAAACAUCAAACACAAGGGACUCACGGAAUUAUUCAAGUGACAGCAGCAGUGAGCCAGACCCGGAGCCAAACUUCCGCGCCCAAUACCUUUCCCUAAAGAAGAAACUGAAAUAUCUUAUAUAUGAAAAUGAAUGUUUUCAAGAUGCACUGAGAUGCAGUCAGAAGAGACUACUAAAAGUAUCAAGAGAUCGCUCAUUCCUGCUGGAUAGAUUGCUUCAGUAUGAGAAGCAAGAAAGCACUACAUCUGAAAGUGAGGACACAGAGUCAUCAGAAGACACUGACUACAGCCGAGUUGAUGCUAUUAAAAGAAAGAAACUCGACACUGCAUCUCAUCAGAAUGUGUCUGCACCAAUUGCAAAUAAAGGACCAGUCAAAAGAAAGAGAGCUGUUGCACCGAAAAAGACUCCAAAUAUGGCCCACAUGCAUCAGAGCAGCGGCUCCAUGUUGACGAAAGCGUCUCCAGCUUUGGGCUUCGGGCUGUCAACCAGUGAUGGCCACAUGACGCCGGAAGAGGUGGAACGACAUCUGCAGUCGCGGCAGUCUUAUCUGGAGCUAUUACCUGAGAGGGCACCACCCACCGUCCCUACCGAAAUGUUUAGCAAUGAUCCUUCUUUAGACAGUGAAUCUAAUGACGUGUUGGAAAACUCCCCAAAUGUGGAAGAGUGGUUUGAUUAGCAAACCAUAUGGUUCGAUAUGAUAAUAGGUAUUCAUUUCGUAGUAUUUACGAUAGAGAGUAAGAUUAGUCAUAACAAAAAUAUAGAAUUUUUCAUCCA